CGGCGAACGUGUAGUGUGCUACUGUUGUGUAGUGACGGCUAAAAAACCGACAGUUUCAACAUAGGCUUUCGUAUUUUAGUGACUUUUACUCGUAUGUCAAGAUGGAUAACGAUCAAUACGACGAAGAGUACUAUGACGAUGAUGAUGGGUUAUACCAGCUCGAGCCUCAUAAGUAUGUAAUGAGCGAGGCUAUGCACUUAAACCUGCUAUACCUCGGUCAAGCUAUCCGCGAGGGCAAUCUCGCCGAGAUGCAAAAUAUUUAUGAGAGGUCUCUCGUUAACUUGAUGGACCAAUAUGACAACAAGUUGCCCCCACCAAACGCACCUGAAAUUGUCGAAAUCCUCACAGACGACGAGCUUCUAAUUAUUAUUUACAAAGAACUCUACUAUCGACAGAUCUAUGCGACGGCCACUACCUCAAAUGAGGUUACGCUGGACGACCGAUUUAGUAGUUACUACAACUACGUGAACCUGUUCAACUACAUUCUAUCGUCACAAGGUCCGGUGUCUCUCGAUCUACCUAAUCAAUGGCUGUGGGAAAUCAUGGACGAUUUUGUGUAUCAGUUUCAGUCUUUCUCCACGUUCCUUUAUAACAUUCACAAGAUGUCGGACGAUGACAUGGCGUUAUGCCAGGCCCAUCCAAAGAUGUGGAACGUACACUCUGUCCUAAAUGUUCUGCACUCGCUGGUGCAGAAGUCAAAUAUUAAUCAGCAGCUAGAGGUCUUCUCAAAGGGCGGAAAUCCGGAUGAGGUUGCUGGUGAGUACGGCUCUCGUCCGCUCUAUAAGAUGCUUGGCUAUUUCUCGCUUAUCGCUCUGCUUCGUCUGCACUCACAGCUUGGCGACUAUUAUCAAGCAAUCAAAGUGCUUCAGCACCUCGAACUUAACCGUAAAGGUCUUUCUCGCGUUCCGGCGUGUCAGGUGUCGACCUACUACUAUGUCGGCUUUGCGUACAUGAUGAUGCGCCGAUACGAGGACGCUAUCCGCACGUUCAGUGACGUUCUCGUAUACAUCGGCCGUACCAAGACGUCGUUCCAAUCAUCCCGUAACUAUCAACUGCGUCAGAUGAACAAUCAGAUGGAGAAAAUGUACGCGCUGCUCUCAAUCUGCAUGGUGCUCCACCCGCAGCGUAUGGACGAGUCUGUCCUGCAACAGCUCAAGCUGAAGCAUAGCGAGAACAUGAUGAAAAUGUCGCAGGGUGACCUGGACACGUUCGAGCGCCAAUUCUGCGCCGGAUGCCCACGUUUUCUGAGUCCGGUCAGUCCGUUUACGUACGACAUCCAGAACAUGAAGCACGAAGAGAUCGAGGCGCUAAGCGCACAACCGCAACAGCAACAGUGGAGAGCGUUUCGUGGUGAAGUUGUUGCUCAGAUGAACAUACCCAACAUGCGUAGUUUCCUUAAGCUGUAUACAACUAUGCCGGUAGAAAAAUUGACAAAGUUUGUCUCGCCUCCUCUGUCACUUAUCGAGGAGGGUAAAGCUUGUUCGGAGCAAGAUCUGCUUAAGCACUCGCAUCGACAGCUCAUGUGCUUUAAGCACUUGAUGAGCAACGUAGUCUGCACCGGCGGUGGUUCACUCGACGGUGAGUUUCAGACUGGAUCUGACAUGGAUUUUUUUAUUGACAAGGAUAUGAUCCACAUUGCCGACACGAAGUUAGCCCGCAAAUAUGGGGAGUUCUUCGCCAAACAGUACAAUAGGUUCGAAGAAUGGUACGAAACGGUAAAGAAGCUCCAGUUGUAAAACAUUUCACUUGGCCUAUAUCACCAAUGAAAUAAAUAAAAAUAAAUAUACCGAAUAACUAAUUAAGCCAUGCGCUAUCAGUAUCAUUAAUAUCGCGACUUGAUUAUAGCAUGCAUGUUGUAACAAAAUCAGGAAAUUUCAGUUCUUAGGUCGAUGGGCCCGUCGUAUAGUUAUCGACGGAGAUCAAACUUAUAACAGCUGCAUCAAUAAGUCUCAGAGAGCAAAUUCAUUCGAACCUUACAGUAUUUUUCUUUCUAUCUUUCUAUUUUUCUUUCAGUAUCUUUCUAGUAUUUUUAUAUACCAAUCUAUGUGUAUCCAAUAAACAUAUUAAGAAAAUGUCGAAAAUAUGAAGUCUCUAAGACUGGUGGGUCUUUUAUAAUUACCUAAUAUUU